AUGAAGGCAGGGUGUAUCGCAUCUUUCUUGCGGCUUUGUUUGGAUAAGAACAAAGAAGACAUUGGACAGAGGCACUCGGCUCAGGCAGAACAAGAGGAUGCGGGGGCAGGACAGAAGCGGUCAGCUGAAGAAGGGGAUGCCAACAAGUCUAUGUCCAAAAAACCAAGACUGGUCUAUUUGAGAGAAAGGGCAAAAGAAACAAGGCAGAUCCUAGAGCAGUAUGAGGAAGAGGCUCGCUUACUAGAGGAGGCAGCGAGAGUCGCAAAGGAAAGGCGCUUCAAACUCCAAAGGAUCGUGCAAGAGGAGGCUGAAGAGGAAGAGGAGGAAAGGGUUCAACCGCCAGAGCGCCAGCCAGAGCCCCAGCCGGAGCCGCCCCAGCCAGAGCCCCAGCCAGAGCUGCAGCUCCAGCUGCAGCCGGAGCUGCCUCAGCCAGAGCCCCACAUGCAUCCAGAGAUCCCAGCUCAAGCACAGGCAGAUACUCAGCCAGAGCCCCACCCGGCCCAGCCUGAAACGCAGUUGGCCCCGUCCACCUCAAAGAGGGGGGAGACUGCUCAAGAGGGGCCACACACCCCCCCUCUUAAGCUGGAGCCCCAGCCUCGGUCCCAAACCCCUCCUCAGCCCCAAGCCCAGCCCCAGCCUCAACCACAAACCCGAUCACCAUCGGACGACUUUAAGCCAACACCUCGUCCUUCAAGGAAGCCGGCACCUUCGGAGUUAGACCGACACAUGGCAGAUGCAAAGGCGGUUUUGGAUGCUUCGGAUUUCGUCACAGACAAUCCGGAGCCUGGGAUCACACCCGACUACAACAAAGCGUUAGAGAUGUUCAGAUGUCUUCUUCAAAACUCGAAGGUCGCGGCAGAGCCUCUGAAGGAGGCCGUAGUUCUCGAAGGGAUUGGACGGUGUCUUCGUCGCCUUAGAAAGUACGAAGACGCCGUACAUCACCAGUAUUGGUGUGUGAAAAUUCUGGACAAAUAUCUGGGUGAAACGCACGAAGACACAUUGCGGGCAACGGUGGAGCUAGCAACCAGCCUUUCAGCGUCGGGGGUUCGAAACGAGGAGGUCGAGUCGCUCUGCACAAAAAUAAUCAAAGCCACAGAAAAGCUGGUCAGCGACCCUAUUCGAGAGGAACAGGUUGCUCGAUUGCGCGGGGUAUUGAUGGUGGUGGAGAGCCGUGGAAACCCGGAGCUGGUUUCAACUGGGUCGAAGACGAAUAGUACACGCGUGGAGGUGGAGGAGUUAGGCGGAGGUCCCCGCGAUUCGGGCGUGGUCCGGGAGGAACGGUAUUAA